GUUUGUCACCUUGCUGACCUUCUACUGUGGAAAUUAACUGCACGAGGACAAAGUGUCAUUAAUGUGAAGUUCCACUCUAAUGUAGCACUAGCUCCCCCUUGUGGAGAACCUUCAGCUUGUUAAACAUGAAUGAGUGAGUGUGUGAGUGAGUUAAAAGCCAGCUUUGCAUCUAAUAAACCUUAUGUAAUCGAACAGGCUACUAACAUUAUAUUAAUAAGUGAUAUCACCUCGGUUAAUGGAUAAUUAUGAUAAGUGACACGAAAAGGAAUUAAAUGUAUUAAAGUGAAUUGCGCUGUUCUGCAGUUGGCCAUGCUUUAUUAGGGUUUGCCCCUAAAAAGUGUUGCGAUGCCUACUGCAUGAACUGUUGAGAGGUGUCAUUCUGUCUGGACUGUGUGUCUCCAGCUGAUUGUUUCCACAUGUACGUCACUACGGUGAUGAUUCCCACUGUCAUUGGUUGAUGUAAAGCUGUGGAAGUGCCUUUUGAAAGUCUAGCUGUAGAUUUCCCCCUCUUGGUUAUGCAGCAACACUGCACACAUCCUCACCAACUUCUUUAAUCGCUUCCCUGGGAAUGUGUGCAGUUUGCUUGGAAAAGGACUGCGCAACUGGUGUGAGAAAAAUCUACCCAGCAGGCAGCGACACACCAGUUUGGGUGAAAGCAAACUCCCCAACUGGAAUCCAAACCUGCUCCAAGGAGAAUCUAAAGGCGGAUGCUCCCUGUAAGAUGGGUAAUGGUAUCCUCGCCCAACUGGCUGACAACCCCCUUCAUUUUGAUGGGAUAGACACUUAUGGUGUACGGCGCACAUUCGACUCACAGAUUUCGCCCUGCGCUGAUCUUAAUCUGCUUUCCAAGCCUUCCCCCGACUUGGCCCCAGUGAUCAAAGCUCCCAUCCACAACGUGCCCACUCCUGCAGCUCCAAACUAUUCAGUGGCGGACAAAAAAGGCAUCAUCAUCAGCGGCGUCAUCGGCAGCAUCAUCAUCAUCAUCGGCAUCGGCAUCGUCGGCAUCAGAGGUUUUAUUUGGAAGGGUAACAAACUAUCAAACUAUCAAAGAGAGCAGGACAGGGGCCGUUGUCAAGGGAAAAACCGGGUGCCUCCUCAUGACACUGAGCAUUGUGAUGAGAUCACCAUCCAGAUGCAGCCUCUUAAUGCAGAAGUUGCAAACGGAAACGUUAACGGGGUCCAUCGGGAGGAUGGCAGCGUUGGGACUGCAGGGUUACUUGGCCAUUGCGACGAUUAUGCUGGUGGCGGGAAAUGACACUGCAUCUUUCAGUACUGGACCUGAGUUCUGACAUGGUCUGUGGUUCUGACUAACACUGUUCACCAUACCAUUCUCUUACCCACCCAUUUUUCCAGUCUGUUUACCACAGGCACGGCUCUUAAUUUGUUUAUGAUGUGCCUAACAAACCGUUCAAUCUGGAUUAAGAUCUGAAUGUAAAAAAAAUUCCUACACUUGAAUCAGAACAAAACAUAUUUAUUUAAAUUUAAAUUUUAUUGAUAUUUAUUUUAUUUCCUCAUUUACACUGUUUCUUUUAAUGCUUUUAAAUUCAUUUAUUUAUUGUGAAGCACAUUGUGAUGGGCUAUGAAACUAACCCUUUUGUUACUUUGAUUCAUUAUGAAUUAUCAUAGAAGUGUGCAGAGUGCGGAGUCUUCCUGUGUCUAAACAGCACAAAGCAGUGCUUUUUCACAUAUCAUCUCAAAUGAAAUCUGAAAAUGAGGUGAAUAAGAGAUUCCAAUUCUGAUCAGUUGAAAAAAUAUGUUCAGGACUGAACAUGAACUCUGCAUGAUACCUGCAAUGGGUGUUUUUUAAAGUUUAAAGUUUUGUUCAUGAGUUUAUACUUGAAGUAAAAUGGCGAUGUAUGAAACGUGCCUGAUUGUAAAGCAGAAAUGCCACACAAUGGAGUAUCUAUACAUGUAUACAGAUGUUUGUUCCAAAUCGUAGUUGAUAUGUUCGAUAUGAAAUAUGUAAUCAAAAUGAAAUCAAUGGAAUUAAUGGAAUUAAUUUUUUUUUUUUUUUUACAUAUUUAAACUGUUUUGUUCAUAGAAACAAAAUAGUUUAAACUUAUAAAAUAACAAUCAAACAGUGUCUGAUUUUAAAGCAGAAAUGCCAUAUUAUAUAUAUAUAUAUAUACAUAUUUGUGGACCUAGCCAUUGUAAUUGAUGGGAUAUUUACAGGCCAAAAACAUGUUGAUGGAGUGUAAAUAAAGCAAUUAAUUGUUUUAAGGUUUUAAAGAGAGAUUAAAAUGAUUGUGUUUCAGGAAAAAUGUUCAGAAAUAUAGCAAUUUGUGAAUAGCAUCUUUUACCAUAAGCUGACAUCUCAACCGUACGGUAGAGGUCUAUAAUUUCU